GGACACAGAGAGCAGAAGUCUCAGACAGAAAUGGCAGUAUAAGGGGGAGAGAGAGAGAGAGUGUGUGUCUGUGACCGGAAGCCAGCUUCUCUGUCCUCAUCUUGUACACGGACAAGAAGAGGAGAUUGAGUCUUGGACGGCUAAAGCUACACUACGAGUAGUAGUGGGGGCGGAGAUACUUAGGAACCAUCUAGAGAGAGAAGAGAAGUUUAUAUGGGUGGUGGAGGAGGCCUUGUGCUGUGGCUCACCAUUUCUCCGGCUUUCUUAUUCUUGGUGGUGGUUGCUACUCUUACUCUGCCGGCGUUGGUGGAGUCGGCAUGUGGGAGCAAUGCGGUGGUGUUCAACUUCGGCGAUUCAAACUCCGACACCGGCGGCCUCAUGGCCGGUCUCGGCUACCAAAUCUUUCCGCCGGAGGGCCGCCUAUUCUUCCACCGCUCCACCGGCCGCCUCUGCGACGGCCGCCUCAUCCUCGACUUCCUCUGUGAAAGCUUGCACAUGAGUUAUCUGAGCCCAUAUUUGGAAUCAGUGGGAUCAGAUUUUAGAAAUGGAGCAAAUUUCGCCAUUGCUGGUUCGACGGCACUGCCACCAGAUAUUCCUUUCUCUUUGCACAUUCAAGUGAAUCAGUUCCUUCGAUUCAAAGCUCGAUCUUUGGAGCUCAUUGCUCAAGGUUCAAAAGGUCUUAUCAAUGAGGAGGGGUUUCACAAGGCACUCUAUGCCAUUGACAUUGGGCAGAAUGAUCUAUCCGCUGCCUUCGGUGCGAAUUUACCCUUUGAUCAAGUCAUCCAAAGGAUCCCAUCUGUUAUUUCUGAAAUUCAAACUGCUGUUAAGACUUUGUACAGUAGUGGUGGCAAAAGCUUUUGGAUCCACAACACUGGUCCUCUGGGGUGCUUGCCUCAAAAGCUUUCUUUGCCACGGAAAGAUAGCAGCAGUCUUGAUCGAUAUGGUUGUCUCGUGCCCUUCAACAAUGCUGCCAAGGAAUUCAAUGCCCAAUUGAACAUUCUCUGCGAUGAGUUGAGAUCUGAGUUGAAUGAUGCCACCAUUGUCUACACUGAUAUCUUCACCAUUAAGUAUGAUAUUAUUGCAAAUCAUGCUACAUAUGGUUUUGAGAACCCAUUGAUGGCAUGUUGCGGCUACGGCGGACCUCCAUAUAACUUCAAUCAGAAUAUAACCUGUGGUAAUGCAGCCUGCCCGGUCUGCCCUGAAGGUUCGAAGUAUGUGAACUGGGAUGGAGUUCAUUAUGCAGAGGCUGCUAAUGCCAUAGUGGCUUCUAAAAUACUUACUACUGAGUACUCUAAACCCAAGGUUAAAUUUGGUUUCUUCUGCACUGCUUGAUCCUUGGCAAUUAUCUACGAUGAUAUAGAUUUUGUCUUGAAUUGUAUCUAGACCAAACCUACUGCAAGUUCAAUAUUGCGCAAGGCUAAGAAAUACGAACUGUAUCAAUGCAUACAAGAAAGAAUGUCAAUAAAAAGCACAACGAUAUAUUUAUCUGGUUAAGCUUUU